AUGGGAUGUGAUGCAUCAGUUCUAUUAGACGACACUUCAAGUUUUACUGGAGAAAAGACUGCAGGCCCAAAUGUAAAUUCUUUGAGAGGUUAUGAUGUCAUUGAUACCAUUAAAUCCCAACUAGAGACUGUUUGCCCUGGAGUUGUUUCUUGUGCUGAUAUCCUAGCUGUGGCUGCUCGAGAUUCAGUUGCUUUAUUGAGUGGACCUUCAUGGCCAGUUCAGUUGGGGAGAAGAGAUUCGACCACGGCAAGUUUCGAUGGUGCUAACACCGAUCUUCCAUCUCCACUCAUGGAUCUCAGUGACCUAAUAACUUCCUUCUCAAAUAAAGGGUUCACUGCUAAAGAAAUGGUUGCUCUCUCAGGAUCUCACACAAUAGGGCAAGCCAGGUGUUUGAUGUUCCGAAACCGGGUCUACAAUGAGACCAGCCUGGAUGCAACAUUGGCAACAUCCUUAAAAUCAAAUUGUCCAAACACAGGAGGUGAUGACAGUCUUUCUUCACUGGAUGCUAUUACUCCUGUCACAUUUGAUAACUCUUAUUUCAAGAACUUGGAAAACAACAAGGGCCUUUUGCACUCGGAUCAGCAGCUUUUCAGUGGAGGCUCUACGGACUCGCAGGUCAAGACAUAUAGCAUCAAUGCUGCCACAUUCUAUGCAGAUUUUGCUAGUGCCAUGGUGAAGAUGGGGAGUCUUAGCCCACUAACAGGAAGCGAUGGACAGAUUCGUACCAACUGUGCAAAAGUAAACUGA